CACCAGUACUAGUCCUGUAGUCUCGAUUCAGUCGCACCGUGACCUGAACCGCGCGCGGUCUUCAGCGGAGAAAACCGGUUCGAGCAGGAUUUAACGGCAAUAUGGCGUUCGUGACGUUUUGCUUUUUGGCGGUAUUAUGUAGUUUGCUCCAACAAGGUCUAGCCAUCACCUGCUAUCAAUGUAACAGUCACAAUGACUCCCGAUGUCUGAUGGACAAACUGCCCGACUCACUGCGACUGCCCUGCGGUCCAAAGGACACGAUGUGCAGGAAAAUCUCACAAGUCGUGGAGUUCGAGAUGAACGGCAUGCCGCCAGACAGCCGCGUCAUCAGAGGCUGCGGAUGGGAUGAGACCAGCUACAAGGGUCGUUGCUACCAACGUUCAGGGUUUGGAGGCAGACAGGAGGUGUGUUCGUGUUUAGAAGACGGCUGUAACUCAGCCACGGUACCAGUCGGUGCCACCGCGCUCAUGAUCCUUACAUUCGCUUUACUGAGAUUCUAAAACGUUAAAUAAUCAAAUCAAGUGUAUGUAUACAAAGUUGUUAUAUGAGAAUAUAGUAUCUUUUAGAAUGAUUGAAGCCCUUCGGAUGCAGCUACUGGUUGUGAAUGAUAUGUUCGAAAUUCAAAUAAUUAUUUAACAAACAAGCUAGAUACCAAAGCGAGAAUAGAUAUCGAUCGAAGAAGUAUUAAAAAAUCAAAUACAUCGAUCACAAACACUGAUGUUCCGUGUAGAUUAGAUAGUCGAACGUAAUUAAAUUCAUAAAUUACAUAAACAUUACUGAAAUCACUGAUGUGCUUAUUAAAAACAUAUCGCUUAUUUAAUUAGAUAGACCAUACUACGACUAGGUCACUACUUAUUUAAAUGAAGUUAGAUGUAUCCAUUAGGCAUCGAUACUGUUAAAAAUAGGACAAUGGGUGUGUCGGUUAGCGCGACAGACGAAGCGAUAAAUAAUUUAGCGAUGGCUUGUAAAUAGACAUGAAUUAGACGAUAACUCAAAAGUAACACUGCCUCUUUAAUAUUGAUCUAAUCAGAGUUGUAUAUGCACUUUAUAUUGUUGUAAUAUAUAUGACGUGUUAGCUUUAUUGUUGUGUUUGUAAAUGCAAAAUAUUUAUUAAAAGUUUU